AUGAGACUCAUCUUUCAAGCAUAUUUGAUGAUCUUCAUACUGCGCAACUUUGUGGCUUCUCAGUCACAAUCUUCUGGUGAGAAAAAUGCCAUCAACACCACAAUCAUCAACUUCAACAAUGAGAAGAUGCAGAUCACAUGGGCAACAAGAGAGCUUUUCCAUAAUGAGAAUGUGUCAUUUUUUUACACAUUUGGUGAAGGCAAGCACAAAGUCUGGAAGCCAUGUACCACCUAUUUAUUGGAUCAAGAUUAUAAUUCUGGAUGUCUUUUUAAGACAGAAGGACCUACCCUUGCCAUUUCUAUCAGGAACAGCAACGGAAGUGAAGAGCUUUUUUCUAAAAAAUUAAAAGCUGAUUUUUACAUAAAGCCCAGUCCACCAGAAAAUGUGACCUUCUUCUGGGAAGAGGACACUGUUACUGUAAGCUGUAAUAAACCAGAGAGAAAUGCAUGGUGCUUGAGACUUGAGCUUCAGUACAAAAGCAAGUUUGACAAAGAGUGGCAAUCCAGAACUUCAAAGUGCUGCAGUGUUGGAGAGCAAGGCUUUGAUCCAAGGAAGUGCUACUCUUUCCGGGUCAGACUGAGGAGGCUAGUACCAUACUGCAAUGUAGUCAAAUACAGCAGUGACUGGGAAGCUGAAACAUUUUGGAUGAAUGGCACAUUAUUAGAUUCGUGUGAUGAUGAUGUAACUCCUCAGUCAAAAAGAGUAAUUGUCUUAAGUUGUUCGCUGGCAGUACUCUUAAUGAUGCUUAUCCUCCUGAUUCUUCUGUGUAAAUGGAAAAGGGUUCAGAUGUCAGUCCUGCCUGCUAUACCAGACCCAAAAUAUCCAUUUGCUGAUCUCUUCAAUGAUCAUAAUGGAAACUUACAGGAAUGGCUAGACAAAAAUGAUCAUGUGGUGUUGCAAACCAAGCUGGAAUAUGAAGAACCAGAGUCAAUCACUGAGGCAGAAAGCCAGCAAGAAGAUGAGAAGAACAGUGACAAACAGGGACCUUUGGAAAAAAUCUUCACUUUUUCAGAAGCAACUGAAAAUAAUGAUGGCAAAGCAGCUGAGAUUGCCUGCCUGAUACCGGCAUCCAACACUGCAGCUCCUAUUUCUGGCUUCCAUAUUUUAAUGAAUGACGACAUGUAUGUGAUGUUAUAA